AUGAAUCGAGGUAGACGGCGUGGUGGUGGUCCAAGUUUGUCAGGUCUGCGUGAUGGUGUAAAACGACGCCUUUUCGAUCCUCAUUCCGUCCCUACUAAGCCUGAUCCCAAGUUCGAAGUUAGCCGUCUAAUACCGUUUACAUUUCCUAAAGUUGUUAUACACUCUUCAUUGAGUGGCUGCAGUGCGGAUGACAACUCAGAUGUUGGAAAAACUGACCGCGAUGGUCUCCAAAUAAAUUUGUUCGAAUUGACAGCUAAACUUGAAACGGCUUUUCGUUCAGGUCCAUUUUAUCAUUCAGUUCCAGAACUAUCGGAAGGAAUCAGUGCGGCUUCAUUAUUAUCUAGCAAAAAAUUAAACUUGGGCAAUAAAUUGCCAGAUGUAGUAUCUUUGUUGCAUUUUUUGGUUAAUCAUGAUGAAAUUAAUCAGUGGUCGGACGAGGAUAUGAAUAUGAAGGAACCUGAUGAUUGGUACCCAGAAGAACUAAUUUCUCGGACCCGACAAAAAAAUAAGGGUGGCAAGAAUACUUCACGAAGAUCAAGAUCAAGUCGUAAGCGUUCAAAACGACAUCUUACUGAUAUUGAUGAGAUUAUAACUGACCAUUUUAUCCAACAGGUCACUGAAACCCUUCAAGAAAAUGAUGAUGAUGCAGAGAAAAUUGAACUAGCUAUUAGUGAUAAUGAAGAUGCAGACUCUGAAGAUGCACGAUGGAAUGAUGAUGUUAAUCCCGAUGGUGAUAUUGAAGAGUUAGAUGAAGAUGAAUUUGAUAAUGAUUAUUGUCAACAAUACUUUGACAAUGGUGAAAAAGACUUUAGUGAUGAUGGGUUAGGCGGUGACGAUGAAGCCGGAUCGAAGUACUAUGAAUAA